AUGUUUCAAACAAUCACUCAGACAGGAAUAGUUUCUGAAUCACAUUUCUCAAAGCUAAGCAAAUUGAAAGACUUGGAUUUGUCUGGAAACUUUUUCAUUUUGAAUGUCACUUCCUUUUGGGUUCCUCCAUUUCAGUUGGAGUCUCUUUACAUUAGUUCAUGCAUUCUGAAUUCCUCAUUUCCUGUGUGGCUUAAAUCCCAAAGCAACAUCAUUUAUCUACAUUUCUCAAAUGUCAGUGUUUCAGGAAUUGUGCCAGAUUGGUUUUGGGAUAUGUCUGCUAAUCUAAAAGACUUGAAUGCUUCCUUCAACCAAUUACAAGGUAAAUUACCAAACCCAUCAAAAUUAUCUGCUGAUGUUGUGGAUUUGAGCUCCAACCUCUUUGAAGGGCACAUUCCUCUUCCUAGCUUCCCCAUAUCCUUACUUGAUCUUUCAAAUAAUCAAUUUCCUGGUCCUAUCCCAAAUAGGUUAGGCGAAAUCUUAGCAACAACAAGAUUCUUGUCUCUUUCAGGAAACCAACUCACUGGUGAGAUUCCAAUCUCUGUAGGAGAGAUGUUGUCAGCUGCAGUCAUUGAUCUUUCAAGAAACAAUUUAACAGGCAGCAUUCCAUCCAGUUUAGGAAAUUGUUCUUCUCUGGAAGUUCUAGAUCUUCAAAAAAACUUAUUCUCUGGCAAGAUUCCAGGAUCCCUGAGUCAGCUAAAUAUGCUUCAAACACUUCACCUCAGCAGCAACAAAUUGUCAGGAGAAAUCCCAUCAUUUUUUCAUAAUUGGUCUGGUUUGGAAACUCUGGACCUUGGAGACAACAGGUUGACAGGAAAUAUUCCACCAUGGACAGGCAGUGUUUUCCCGAAUCUUAGAAUACUUAUCUUGAGGUCAAAUGCCUUGUCUGGAGAAAUUCCCUCAGAGCUUUCAGAUUUAAGCUCACUGCAAAUCCUUGACCUGGCAGAAAAUGAGUUGAAUGGAACUAUUCCAUCAAGCUUUGUCAAUCUCAGAGCAAUGGUUCAGAUUCAGCGGAUAAAUCAUUAUCUAUUUUAUGGAAUGAGCUUCAGGCACUACUAUGAAGAAAGCUACAGUGCCAACAUAAAAAACCAGCAUCAAACAUUUAACAAUAUCCUCUCCAUUCUGACAAGUCUAGAUCUUUCUGGAAACAAUUUGCAUGGACAGAUUCCUAAAGAACUGAUGAAACUUGCAGGUCUAGCUGUUUUGAACUUGUCAGGUAACCAUUUAACUGGUGAAAUUCCUGAAAGCAUUUCAGAAUUGAACCAGUUGCUAUCUCUUGAUCUCUCAAGCAAUAAGCUCUCAGGUCCAAUCCCUCCCAGCAUUUCUUCAUUAUCCUAUUUGGGGUACUUGAACUUAUCAAACAAUAAUUUAUCUGGUGAAAUCCCUUUCCAAGGGCACAUAACAACUUUUGAUGCACCAUCUUUUGCUGGAAAUCCUGCUCUAUGUGGAGCUCCACUUGAUGUCAAUUGUAGAGGCAAUGAGUUGGACAAUGGAAGAAGGAGAGCUGAUGAGGAUGACAGUAACAAUGGCUUCAUUGACCAGUGGCUUUACUUGAGCAUUGGAUUGGGAUUUGCAACAGGGGUUAUAGUACCCUUUCUUGUUUUGGCAAUCAGAAGAUCUUGGAGCCAUGCAUACUUCUUGCUUGUGGACAGAACCGUUGAAGAAAUAUUAUCUUUGGCAAGAAAAAUUGUCGUGCAUUGGAGGAACCAUUGCCGUUUCAGGGUUUAG